AUGGCUAGCCCGUUCAACCCUUCUGCUGGCCGCGGUCACAGGGGAGGCGCCCCGGGCGUGCAAGCCUCAACGGGACGGGGAAGAGGUGGGAACCCUGGACAUACGACAACAUAUGUGCCGAGAGGGGCAGGGGCGCCUCGCGCGACAAGGGCUCGAGGGCGUGGACGAGGGUCAAUGACAUGGACUGCUCGUGGCCGCGGUCGCGGCGCAGGCGUAGCAAGCCACAUCGCCGACGGAUCCCAACAACCCACAGAGGCCCCAAAGCCUGGUGCCGUGAACUCGCCGUUUGGGCAAUUGAAUCGACAAAAAUCUGUCGCGUCACCGUUUGGCGCUCAGCCCGCCCAGCAGUCUCCGUUUUCCGGAGUCGCGGGCAGUGCUUCGGCUUCGAACGUCGCUAAAAACCCAUUCGCCCAACCUACGAGCAGUGCGAAAAAGUUGACCUCUACAAAAUUCGUUGGUGGGGGAUCAAAUAUUGCCGCGUCUAUGGAGCAUGCAUCAACGUUGAGCACCUAUCAGGAACGCUUUGACAAGCUGAAAAUCGACCAAGUGAAACAGCGCGAACGCGCGAUCAAGGAUGGGCAAAUGGCGGAUCCAAACCAGCCGACUUCUUUGAAUAAGGCUAUCACGCCUGUGGGUACCUGUACCGACAUGUGCCCCGAGUUCGAGAGAGUGGAGCGGAUCGUGCAGAAAGCCGUCGACAAGUGUGAAAAGGUAAUGUAUCCCAACCCGGCAACGAACCAGCUGGAAAUCAUGGAAACCAAGAUGAUGAAACGCUUCCGGCGUGCGGCAGCUGGAAAUGACGAGCAAUUGCCCUCGGAUAUCCGGACACCAAAGACGCUCUUGCAAACCAUGAACUAUCUCAUUCGUUAUGUUAUCAAUGGUGGCGAAUCAUUGGCCGCCGUCCACAUGUUCGUCUGGAAUCGGACACGAUCAAUCCGGAACGACUUCUCGGUGCAGCAACUUACACGCGAAGAAGAUGUGAAGACAGCAGUCCUUUGUCUAGAAAGAAUUGCGCGGUUCCAUAUCGUAUCCCUGCAUCUUCUUUCCAACCCGGCGAACACGGAGCAAUUCGACCGUCACCAAGAGCGUGAGCAGCUGAACAACACCAUGCUCUCUCUGAUGUACUACUAUGAUGACAACCGUGAGCGUAUCAAGUUCCCAAAUGAGGACGAGUUCCGCGCCUACCACAUCUUGUUCUCAAUCCAUGACCAGCGGCCUGACCUGGAAGCCCGUGUCCAGAGAUGGCCAGCUACCCUGCUCUCUUCACCUCGCGUGCAGGUGGCAUUGGAACUUUUUGCCGCCGCCUGUAAUACAUGGGAACCUCAAGGUGCUCUGGAUUGUCGCCGAACGAACGCAGUUGCUCAAGGAUUCUACACUCGCUUCUUCAACAUCGUCAAUUCCCCUAGUGUGUCGUAUCUGAUGGCCUGUGUGGCUGAGGUGUACUUCAACCACAUUCGUCAGACAGCAAUCCGUGCAAUCUGGAAAGCCUACUGCCGGACUCCUCUGUCACAGCAGUCCAAAAACGACCAUUGGACUGUAGAGGAACUAACUAAGGUGCUGCAUUUCGAUAACGACGAGCAAACGAUCGAUUAUUGCAAUUCACAGGACUUACAGUUUGUGGAAAACGCAAGUGGUGGGCUAUACCUCAAUUGGGGUGACAGACCCGUAGACACUGUUGAUUUCGCGCCUUCGUCUGACCACUCUUUUUCUGAGACUUACGUGGAGUCAAAACGUGCAGGACGUAGUCUUGUUGCCAUCAUUCUUGGCAUGAACAUCAGAGAAGCCGCAAGAAUGGGCAUGAUUGAUCGCUUCCACUUGUCUCAAAAGAGUCAAACCCAGCCUGAGGCUGAGACUGAAGAUGGGGAUCUCUUCGUGAGUGACAUUGAUAAUAAGACGCCCGCUCCUGUGGUCGAAACACAGAACACCCUUCUUCAGGAUACAUCUGCUUCUGAAUUCCGGAUCGCUUCUGAGGCUCAGAAAUCUCUACAAUCUACGCCUGCACCUUUGGCUUCCAUGUUCCAGUCAAACCCACCAGCCGCCGUUUCAAAGCCGCCGAAUCCUUUCGCGGCGGCCUUUCAGCCAUCUAAAGUUCCAUCUCCUCCACCCUCAAAUCCAUUUGCAUCUUCGACACUCACCACCUCUGCCAUGCCCGCAGCGCCGUCUCCUUUCUCUGCUUCGCCGAAUCCAUUCUUGGCCCCUAAAGAACCUGACUCUACCCAAAAGACCGACGCUUCUGCCCUGGCCACCAAUGUGACAUCCUCGCUCUUUCAACCAAAACCCCCUUCCCAGCCUGACACUACCGAAAAGCCGGCUGUUUCAUCCAUUAGUCCCACGGGGCCAUCGCCAUCCGCUUUUGCAUCUACUUCUUCUUCGUCCAUAUUUUCAAAGCCAGCAUACGCAACUCCUAAGACGGAGACAUCUGCAGCAACUCUGCCUGCACCUGCGUUUUCAAAGUCCAGCAUAUUCCCUCCUGCAUCUACCGCAGACAAACCCGCCUCUAUCUUCCCGAGUGACUCUGGCUCUGUCCUAUCCACCGCCUCCAACCCUUUCACUGCGCCAUCUACGUUCUCUUUCUCUAAGCCACUGGAGUCAGCCCAAAAUACGGAAACUCCCGCGGCAACUACCCCGGCGGCGUCUACGCUAUUCCAACCUGUCAGCACUUCCCCCCAGGAGGCGCCGACUGUGAACAAACCUGGCUCAAUUUUCUCUUCUGGUGCGGCUGCUUUCACUGCGUCGUCCCCAUUCUCGUUUUCCAAACCAUCAGAGCCCGUCCAGAAGACGGAGACACCGGCGCCAGUUACUACCGCGCCCUCUACCCUUUUCAAGCCCAUCAGUUCGCCUCCUGCAACAUUGACUGAAUCCAAGAACCCCUUCGCGUCUUCGGUAUUCCCUGGCGCCAAGCCCUUUGGUCCCACGUCCAUAUGUCCAAAUGCAAGCCUUGAGACGGAAAAACCUGUUGCAAAUACUAAUACCCAGUCUACAAUGUUCAGAAGCGAGGCAAAAGGCCAGCAGCCAUCGAUUGCACCGAACAAUCCUUUCGCGCUUUCGAACGCUCCGUCAUCUUUCCCAGCUACAGGUCUAGGAAAUAAUGUUGCCUCUACUGCUCCGUCUCCAUUACCGGCCUUCAAAGCCGCAGAGACAACUGUGGCCAAGGAACCUGCUACUAGUGCCCCUCCAAAUGCGGCUGCGAGCCAGUUUCCAGUUUCUGGAUCAAUAUUUGCAGUUCCCAAGGCACCACAGCCAAGCCAGAAAACGGAUAUCCCAACUACUACGCCCAAGCUGAGUGAAACCUCAGUAUUCAGCCAAUCUGCACCUGCACAGGCCCAAGCACCUGGCCCAUUCCCUAUCAACGCCUCGGCUUCAAUUUCAGGCGCGCGUCGAUCUGUAUCGGACACUCAAGCGACGGCCUAUUCGCCCCCUCGGACUCUCUUUGAAGCCCUUCGCCAGCCCCAAAGCCAGCGUAAAAUAUUCGACACCACAUCGAAUGCGUACUCACCUGAAACGGCGACUGCUCAGCCGCCAGCGCCCUUGUUCCAAAGCCCAGAACCCUCCGUGGCGGGAGGACAGCAAGGAUCGUUGAAACGACAACACGCGGCCACCGGUUCAUUCAAUGAGCACAAGAGGCGCUCCUCGCUGAAAGGAAACUCUCCUGCUGCAGCAUCUGAUGGAUCAUUCAAACGGUCCGUGCACUUCGAAGACGCGCAUGAAAAGGAACAGCCUACCCCGCAGGACUCACAGUUGUCUUCGUUGCGCAAACAAUCCGAAGUUACUAAUAAGAAGCGAGUGCUGGAUGAGCAGACUGAGCCCGAGCCGGAGGAAGCAGGCCCGAGUACUAAGGCGCCCAAGGUAUCCACCGCGGAAGAACAUGGCUUCGGUUUCUCUGUCUACAAAGCAGAAAACCGCCCGAUGCCGAGGCUCCCAAUCUUGGACAAGUUGGAAGAAAAGCUUAAACGAGCCGAGGCCUUGUGCGAGCCGAAGGGUCCGACCCCAGAACAGCUCCAGUUAAUCGAGGAAGCACGACUGAAACGGGCUCGCCAAGUCGACGAGGACGAGAUUGCCCUCUCCCGAGCACGUAUCUUGGCCGAACAGUUGAGAAACGGCCCUGGAAUCUUCGACGGUUGGACUGGCCCAAUCCGGCAGCCGUGGCACGACCCAAAUUGGAACCCCAUUGACCGAAUUCUGGAAAAGUAUCGUGCCCGAAAUAUUCCCCCGCCAUCUACCUAUGUGCCACCUCGUCUAAUUCUUAAUCGCACUCCUAGUGGAUACGAGGUCGCUUAUGCUCCUGAUACCCCGGGACGACCUAUGUCCCGCACCGAACAGCGGAUCCGACGCACUGGUGCCCGUGGACUUGCAAAUGUGCCCCUGGAUUUUGAGCGUCAUAAGCGAGAGAAAAAGGAGAAGGCUGAGCUCAAGAAUGGAGAGAAGGGGGGUAACGACAAGGACGAGAAGGAUGAGAAAGACAAGUCUUCCAGGGGCGUUUAA